AUGGUCUAAAUGUAAAUGGAAAAUGCUUAAAGGAAAAUGAAAAGUGUCCCAAAGGAUAUUUUCUAGAUUAAUUCGAAAAGAUUUGCAAGCCUUGUGAUGUUCCUUUUUGCUUAGAGUGCUCUCAGUCAAAGUAGUGCUAAAAAUGUUCUGAAGGAUUCAUUUUAGAUAGCUAUUAAUCCUAAUGUAUCGCAGAUCAAAGUUAGUAAUAAUGGGAAAAGUAUUAUAAAUAUACUUGCCCAAGCUUAUUCAAAGAAAGUUAAGGCGAUUGUAUCCAAAAAAAUAUUUGCUCUUCAUUUAAGUUUUAAAAUUAAAAUCAAUUUGAUGGAUAAAUUAGCAAAGUAAUUGAGCUUUAGUCUAAAAAUUAUAUCUUAGGAAUAAGCAAAACUUAAGCUAUUUUAUUUGAAGGAAUAAAUAUGA